AUGAAGUAUGAAACUUGUGGGUCCGCCGUCGAGGUCGCUUCCGGUUCAAAUGAAUCGAGGCGAAGUUGUUCGCCACGAUCUGCUUCAUUCGCAAGUCGUCGGUGGUGGGACUCUAUUCGCUCAGACGGAUCAAGUGACCCAAUCCUGUCAAAGUACCAUCCACACGAAGACGUGUCUGGGCCGAUUAGAGCAACCCAGUCGAGCCAACAUCGGCUGGCGAACGCCGCUCAGCAGCGGAUCAACCGAGCCCCGAUGAAGCCUGGCUUUUGA